GCUGACGGAGGAGAAGCUGCAGAUCUGCGGCUUUAAUGAUUUUAUUCUGCUGCUGCGGAAAACAGAGGAAUUAAACCUUCCAUCCCAUCAUGUAUGGAUUUGUGAAUCACGCCUUGGAGCUUCUGGUGUUGAGAAAUUAUGGUCCAGAUGUGUGGGAGGACAUCAAGCGGGAGGCGCAGGUGGAUGUAGAAGGACAGUUUCUGGUCAGAAUCAUCUAUGAGGAUGCCAAAACUUAUGACCUGGUGGCUGCUGCAAGCAAAGUGCUGAAAAUAAACGCAGGCGACAUUCUGCAGAUGUUUGGGAAGAUGUUCUUUGAGUUCUGUCAGGAAUCCGGCUACGAUACGAUCCUGCGUGUGCUUGGCUCCAACGUUCGGGAAUUCCUGCAAAACCUCGAUGCUCUCCAUGACCAUCUUGGAACCAUCUAUCCCGGCAUGCGUGCGCCGUCCUUCCGCUGUACAGACGCUGAGAAGGGAAACAGCCUCAUCUUGCACUAUUACUCCGAGAGAGAGGGACUGCAGGACAUUGUCAUCGGCAUCAUCAAGACCGUUGCCCAGCAGAUCCAUGGCACUGAGAUCGACAUGAAGGUGAUCCAGCCGAAGAGUGAGGAGUGUGACCACAUCAAGUUCCUGAUUGAGGAGAAGGACUCGGAGGAGGAGGCGUUUUAUGAAGAUCUGGACGGUUUUGAGGAAAACGGCACUCAGGAGACACGCAUCAGUCCGUACACCUUCUGCAAGGCUUUCCCUUUCCACCUGAUGUUCGAUAAAGACCUCAUCCUCACACAGUGUGGAAACGCCAUCUUCAGAGUGCUGCCGCAGCUCCAGCCAGGUGUGUGUAGUUUGCCCUCUGUGUUCUCUCUGGUGCGGCCGCACAUUGACUUCAGUUUCCACGGCAUCCUGUCACACAUCAACACCGUGUUUGUGCUCCGGAGUAAGGAGGGUCUGCUGAAUGUGGAGAGUGCUGAGUGUGAGGACGAGCUGACAGGAACAGAGAUUAGCUGCCUCAGGCUGAAAGGCCAGAUGAUUUCCCUCCCUGAGACGGAGAACAUCCUGUUCCUCUGCUCCCCGAGUGUGAUGAACCUGGAUGAUCUGACUCGGAGAGGUCUGUACCUGAGCGACAUCCCGCUCCAUGAUGCCACACGGGACCUGGUGCUGUUAGGAGAACAGUUCCGUGAGGAGUACAAACUCACGCAGGAGCUGGAGAUCCUCACCGAUCGCCUGCAGCACACACUCCGAGCACUGGAGGACGAGAAGAAGAAGACAGACAGGUUGCUUUACUCGGUUCUUCCGCCGUCAGUGGCGAAUGAAUUGAGACACAAGCGUCCGGUUCCAGCUAAACGCUACGACAACGUCACCAUCCUGUUCAGCGGCAUCGUGGGAUUCAACACCUUCUGCAGCAAACACGCCUCGGCAGAGGGAGCCAUCAAAAUUGUUAACCUUCUCAAUGACAUCUACACCAAGUUCGACAUUCUGACCGACUCGCGCAAGAAUCCGUACGUCUACAAGGUGGAGACAGUUGGUGAUAAGUACAUGACGGUGAGCGGACUUCCAGAACCCUGCACUCAUCACGCCAAGUCCAUCUGUCACCUGGCACUGGACAUGAUGGAGAUCGCAGGACAGGUGAAGGUGGACGAGGAACCUGUGCAGAUCACCAUCGGCAUCCAUACUGGAGAGGUCGUGACGGGGGUCAUAGGUCAGAGGAUGCCUCGCUACUGUCUGUUCGGCAACACAGUGAACCUGACGAGCCGCACGGAGACCACAGGAGAGAAGGGGAAGAUAAACGUGUCCGAGUACACAUACAGAUGUUUGCAGUCAGUGGAAAAUGCUGAUGCUCAGUUCCACCUUGAGUACAGGGGCCCCGUGAGCAUGAAGGGCAAAAAAGAGCCGAUGAAGGUGUGGUUUCUGUCGCGGAAAACGUUGUAGAUCAACGCAGAUCAACAUUUAAACAAGUAUUCUCAUUAGUCUUUAAUUUACAGUCAGACUGAAAUCUGAGCAUUUUGUGUUGUAUUUGAUCCAGAACAUUAGGCCUACUGUACCUCUGUUUAACACAAGCCUUUACUCAGCAGCUGUUUGGGCUCUUUAGCAGAUUAUUACCAAUUUACAUUUUUUUAAUGUAAAGGUCCAACGCUAACGA